GCUAAGAGUCUGGACAGCCAGUUACUCUGUUGUGGGUAUCAACCAACUAAACAGGACAAACAGCAUGCUGAUGCAUGCUUAGACUGAAUACCCUAUACAGGCCACUGUGGUAUACUACCAGUCAUCAGAAGGGCUCCUCAUUUGGGCUGCUAUGGUUCAUUAUUAGCAUAAUCAAAUAAUUAUUAGGCCUAUCAUUAACCCCAAGAGACUAUCUCCCUAGUGUGGGUUACAUUCAUUAUCAUCACCCACCCUCUCUCUCUCUCUCUAUGAUUGUCAGUCAGUGUUCACACUGAGGUAGUUUACACAGGAUUACAGUGCGAUAAUCCACUUUCAGUAGUUAGUGACAUGAGCCGCCAUCUGUCCUCUGUUAGCAUACUGAGAGCACAGGCUUAUGCCAGGCAAAAUCCUUCUCAAAGACGUUUCUAUGGGAUGGAGACAGGACUGGAGAGGCAGAGAAAUCUAGCAACCUGAACAUGAUAUGAGAGCAGUCUUUCGUGCACACGCGCUUUCGCUUGAUGGUCUCUGGCAGCGCGCCAGGUGCGUGUUUUUCUGUAGACAGUGGACGGAGUCCUAAAGCUUAACUUGUUUGGAAACAGAGCGGUACCUUCUAACCCUAUCGAAUAAGGGAGACAUGCAAACUUGACUCCUUCAUUGAGCUUCAUACCUCUCCACCAGCCUCCAGCCCCAGAUGAUGCGGACAAACAAUAAAGGCCGGAGCGCCUCCCCCCACAGGAACGCCUACAAGUCUGACCUCCACUCCAUCAAAUACUCCUUGGACACUGUGACCAGGCCGAGACCUACUUCCCUGGGCCUCUCUAUCCCUUCACCUGGCCCCAUGGCAGUCCCUCACACCAGGACCAGCAGUGCCAGUGGCCCUGGUGAGUGUUCUAGGGGUAGGACCCUCAGUCCUAGAGGGACCAAGAUCAGAGACAACAUCUUCCUCCAGAUGGACAGCCAACAGCACCUCAUCCACCCCUUGUCUCAGGCCCUACCCAAAUGCCCUCUCAGCUACAGCUCUGUCCGGAGCAGUGUGACCAGCAUGCCCAGUGUGGAAUCAUCUAUGCUAGAUAAACCGUCCAAGGCCGAGGAGAUAGACAGAGCGGCUCUAGCUCAAAAGUUCUCUGUGACCCGGAAGCUGUUUGAGACGGUCAGCGGGAGUCAAAGUUUAAAGGUCAGCCCUGACAGAGAUAGCAGGGGGUCUGUGGAUGGGAGGGGGGAGGACGGGGGCAUGGGGAGAGCAAGGAGCAGGUCAGAACGAGAUGAGCUGACAUCCACGUCAGAAAGCGAAGGAGAGGGGGAGAGGAGGAAAGAGAGGGAGGACAGAAAACCCAUCAACGUACACACACACAUUUGUCUAUCCGACGUAGAACUCCACACACACACUUCAUCACUGGACACCAGCUUGUCUACACACAUUCACCCGGUUAAUGGUCACUCCAGUGAGACUUUUUCCCCUGAUGGCCCAAGUCCUACGGCUGACCCCUCAGACAGCAGCAGUGUGUGUCGUGGAAGUGUGUUAGAUGGGAGUGUGUGUGAGGACUCUGUGUGCUCCCAUGUGUUCAACCCACCUAGCCCAGCACCCAGCACCCCCCACUCUCAGCCUCCAUCCCAUUCUUAUGACUCUCCUAGUCCUCUCACCCCAGUCUCCCCCUGUUCUGACCAGACUGACUUCUAUGGCCCUAGUAAUCCUAAUGCUGACAACAGGACUUUGUCUGAGGGGAAUGACCCUAGUGAGCUUUACAUGACCCCUGGUGCCCCUUUGACCCCCACAGAGGAGUCAGGGGCUAGGACUGUGAGGGCAGAGCUAGUGGAGGUGAAGAACGAGUCGUCUGAGAGCGAAGGGAACGAGGGAGAGGAGGAUGAGGACACCUUAAAGGAAGAAGCGGAGACCACAAAGAAAGAGGAAAGCAAGCGGGAGGAGAGCAAUGUGAAUAACCUGGUGGAUGAUGUGUUUAACCUGGUAGAUGAUGUGUUUGAAGAAUCCAGAGUGGAGCCUAGAAUGGUAGAACAGAGAAUGGUUGAACCGACAGUGCAACCUAAAAUGGUGGAACAGAGAACGGUUGAAGCUCCAGUGGAAAUCAGAAUGGUUGAACCCUCGUUGAGAGAAUGUGUGGAGGGAUUCCAUGACAGUUCUGAGGUGAGAGAGAAGGAAUCAGGGAGAGACAUGUACCAGCAGGAGAUCGAAUGGAGCGAGGGGCAGAUGGCGGAAGAAAGCAGACAGUUUAGAGAAGAGGGCAUGACAGGAAAGAGUGAGAUGGAGAACGAGAAGGUAGGGACGGAAGAAAGAGAUGAGCCAGGAGAGCAGGAGAAAGUUGAGGUGAGAGGAAGCAUGUGUGAUGAGAGCAGAGAGGAGGAAGGGAACGGGGAGGCCGGAUUGGAGGCAAGAGAGGAUAGAGGGAUAGACUUCAGGGUAAAGGAGGAAGUGAGAGAGGAAGAGGAGAGGAAGUGCAGAUGGAGAGUGGAUGUGAAGGAUGAGGCCUUCGCGAAAGACAGGGAACGGGACUCCGCAAGAUGUCUGACACCAGAUCCAGAGGAGCAGCUCUUUACUGAAUAUGAUGAGAUUCCCGGUCUUCCUCAUGAGGAUAAUGAGGAUUCUGCUAAGACAAGGAAGGUCAAAUUCUCUACAGCACCAAUCAAGGUGUUCCUUACCUACUCUAAUGCGGACUAUGACAGGCAUAACGAUGACGUUGACCCUGUGUCUGCCUCUGCUGAGUAUGAACUGGAGAAGAGAGUGGCAAAGAUGGACCUCUUCCCUGUCCAGAUAGAGAAGGGAGAUGAGGGUCUGGGUAUCAGUAUAAUAGGGAUGGGGGUAGGGGCUGACCAGGGGCUGGAGAAGCUGGGCAUCUUCGUUAAGACCAUCACAGAGAACGGAGCUACACAACAGGAUGGACGUGUCCAGGUGAAUGACCAGAUAGUGGAGGUGGAUGGGGUCAGUCUGGUCGGAGUCACACAGCUGUUUGCUGCCACUAUGCUGAAGAAAACCAUUGGCACUGUCAGGUUUUUGAUAGGCCGGGAGAAGCAGGGGGAGGAGAGUGAGGUGGCUCGUCUGAUCACUCAGAGUCUGGAGCAGGACAAGAGACCACCUACAGUGGUGUUGCUAAAUGGAGGUGAUGAUGGUGCUCUGGGGCUGAGCACAGUGGAUGAGAGAGAGGAAGAUCUCCUUACAGAGGAUGAAGAGGAGGAGGAGGAAGAGGAAGACUUAACCAGCCUGGACUCAACCCAGCUCUGCCUUAAAUACAAACAGCUCCAAUUAAAGCUCAGGACCAGAUCAGACCAACUCUGCCUAGCCCAGGAGAAGCUGAGGGUUUGUGAGGAGCAGCGGGCCUUGUGGGAGAGUCGUCAGGAUGAGCUGGAGCAGAGUGUCCAGGAGGGAGAGGAGAAGGCUGACCAACUAGAGAAGUACUGGCAGGAGGCCCAGGCUCUGUGCAGGAUUGUGAACCAGCGAUUGGCUGACACUCAGAGCCAAUUCGACAGCCUAGAGGUCAAAUACAGCAAGGCCAAGAGACUGCUGAGGGAAUUCCAACACAGAGAGAAGGAGAGUGAGAGGAGAGAGGAGGAGCUGCGGCGAGAGAUGGAGGAGACCGAGAGGAGACACAGAGAUACCGUGGAUAGACUACAGAGACAGAUUGGUCCCCUGGAGCGAGGGGAGGCGGUCCCUGAGAUUGACAACCAACCGCUGGACACCUCAUUUACCUCAAGCGCAGACUGGAGCAUUGCUGUGCCUGAAACGGGUCGGCUGGACACGAGCGCUCACAGGGCCAGAGCACAGCUCGCCCAGAAAACCAAGAGACACCCUCCCUCACGAGACAAACUCAGAGAGUCCUUCAGGAGACCGGGUGAGGAAGACCAGAUUCAGGCCUGUGACGGGAAGAGCCAAUCUCUGACUGCGAGCACACCCCGAGAAGUGGGACGUUCGUUCUCGGCAGGAGGUGGCCGUGUCCACUCCAGCACCACCUCUCUGUCUGCCCUCACCCCCCAGUCCCAUCCCCCAUCCUCUCUCCUCACCCCCCAGCCAGACCAGUCUCCCUCGAAAGAGGACAACUCCUCUGCCACACACAAAUCAAAGAGAAGAUUCCCUGACUUCAGCAGCCUCCGCAAGUCUCUCAGCAGAGGCAGGAAGAGUGAGAAGGAGAAGAACGAGAGAAGGUCCCUGGACCACAGGGGUUCGUGUGGUGACCUGGUAGAUAACCCCAGCAGUGGUGUAUCUCCCUCAGGCUCUGUCACUUCCAUGCCCUCCUGCCUGCCCUUCUCCUGGUUCGGGGAGCGAGGGCGGGAGAGGCUGAAGAGGGAGAGAGAGAAGCUUAGAUCGGUCUCCAGCAGCAGUCUACCCUACAUGACCACCGGGGGCAGUAGAGACUGCCAGAGACUGAGUGUUGCAGACGCAGGGAGUACCAGCUCUGCUCUCCUGUCAGGGAUGCUAUCAGAUUUGUCUCUCUCUGGGCGCUCUCAAACUCUCACCUUCUCCUCCUCAGAGACUCUGGACGGUGACUCUGUCCUAGUUGGUAACGAUAAUCAAUGGCAAAGCCGACCCCUGGACCAAUGGACCAAUCAGCAGGUCUGUCUGUGGUUGAUUGGCAUUAGCAUGGACCAAUAUGCAGCCAAGUUCACAGCCAAUGGUGUGGAUGGGCUGCAACUCCUCAAUCUGGACAACAACAAACUCAAAGCUCUGGGGGUGUGCAGUCAGAGUGACCGUGCUGCUCUGAGAAGAAGGCUGAAGGAGAUGAGGAAGACUCUGGAGAAGGAGAGAGUGAAGGGAAUGGAGAGCGAGGAAAAGGAGAGUGAAGGAAAGGAGACUAGGGAGAAGGCGGGAAGGGAGGACAGACGUGGUGGUAAAAAGGUCAGAACAGAGUCACUCUGCUGAAGUCUGCACUCUGACCCCUAAACGAUCUUCAAUCACAACUUUUUAUCUGAGAAGUCCUACUUCCAUUAGGCUCACCGCGACUGGGGAAAUAUACUUUAUUUAUUGUGUUUUGUUGCUAUGUAUAGACGUUUCUAUAUGCAUGUUGUACAGCUGAUGACAUUUAAGCACUAUAUUGUAUUUUAAGCUGUGAAUGUUUUACAUGCUUUAAUAAAUCAUGUUUCAAUCUUAGACUUAACUUCUGACUGUAAAGACUGCAUUUGAACAUUUAGGUUAAAUGUCAUUUC